AUGAGGAUUCAGGACAAGUAUAAGGCUAAGACAAAGCCAUCUUCCGCCGCCGGUGGUGGAGGAAAUACAAAUCCCACGCCGGCUAUAUUGUCGUCGUCAAUGGCGUCCCCGGUAGUUAGCAUUCAUGCUUGCGUGGAGUCCGGAGAUCUCACCGGCGUGCAGAGGCUAAUCACCCAAGAUCCUUCUUCUCUAAACCAAAGGAACAUUUUUUUGAUUCGAUCGCCAUUCCACGUUGCCGCUGGUCACAAUAGAAUUGAUAUACUGAAUUAUUUGUUGGAGUGGAGAGGAUCAGUGACGCUUGAGUUAGAAGCCAACAACGUCUACAGAGAGACCCCUUUGCACGAGGCAGCCAAGAAUGGAUUCAACGACGCUGUCGCGACACUUCUUCAACACGGAGCCAACAUCGAAGCCAGAACCAAUGUACAUCACCUACCUCAUCAUCUCGCGGUUGGUUACGCGCUGACGUCCGGCAACAACUCGGUUGUCAAGACGCUGUAUGAAUACAACGCUGAUUUCUCAGCAGAAGAUGAUGAAGGGAUGAUUCCAUUCAACUAUCUUCCAUCCGGAGUCGAAUACGAUGAACUGAGGCUACUCUGCCAAAUUGUGGAAGAGCCAAAGGACUAUGGCGAGUGUGGAAUGAAGGGGAAGAUGAAUGAAUUCAACUUCGAGCUAUCGAAGAUCUUAGGCUUAGACGAGCUGAAGGCGCAGCUUCGGAAAUGGGCUAAGGGGAUGCUCUUGGCCGAGAAGCGUCGCGCUAUGGGCGUAGACCUCGGGCCGAGGAAAGCCCCUCACAUGGCUUUCCUCGGGAACCCUGGCACGGGCAAGACUACAGUUGCAAGAAUCCUAGGAAAACUACUCUGCUCUUUAGGGGUUCUGUCUUCGGACAAAGUAACCGAGGUGCAACGAUCGGAUUUGGUUGGGGAAUUUCUUGGACAAACCGGUCCCAAGACGAGGAAAAAGAUCGAAGAGGCGAUGGGUGGGAUAUUGUUCGUGGACGAAGCAUACCGCCUAACCCCCACAGACUCCGGAAGCUCCAUCGAAUACGGCGUGGAAGCUCUCGAAGAGAUCAUGUCAGUGUUGGAGGACUGCGACCUCCUCAUGAUCUUCGCAGGCUACACGGAGCCCAUGAGGCGCGUCUUCCCAUCCAACGCGGGCUUCUGCAGGCGCAUGACGCACUUCUUCCAGUUCGAUGAUUUCAGCUGCAGGGAGCUCGCGGAGAUGGUGAUGAUCAAGAUGAGCAAUCAGGACGAGAGGAGCCGGCUGUUCAGGUUUAGGCUCGGUUCUUGCUACGGCGUGGAAUCUGUUGCUUAGGUUAUAGAUAGGAAGACGAGCGAGACUGUUAGCAUGCCUUGAAUCUGUUCAGAUUAUGUUUCCUAAUUGGGAUAGGAUUAUGUUUCCGAAUUAGGAUCGGAUCUCAUGUUGCCUAUUUAUAUGUGAGUAGAGCACAUAAUUCUGUGAUCUUAGAUCUGAAAUCUGUAACUGCAGUCAUAAUACAAUUUGU